AUAAUAAUUUUAAGAAAGAAAAAAGAGCUCCCGAAAAAUAUCAAUAACAAAGGACAUAAAACAAAAAAAAUCCCAUUUUAGACUAUUGGAUUUAUCAUUCAAAUUUGUCAAGAUGAGUAAUAAUAACAAAAUCCACAAAGGGGAUAUUCAAAAAUCAGCAUCAACAGAUGAAGAAGGUCAAUUGGAGUUGUACUCACCAAAGUAUGCUGUUAAAGUGAAUAUUACUGUGGAAGAAGGUGACUCUAAUCAAAGCAAAAACAUGAUGACUAGCAAAAUGUACAAAGGCCCUGUUCCUAAAUCAGCAUCAACAGACAAGGCAGGUCAAUUGGAGCUUUACUCACCAGAAUAUGCACUAAAAGUGAAUAAUUCAAAGGUUAAGGAUAAAGGGGAGAAAAAGGAGAUGAAGCACAAACAAGAAGGUGAAGAAAAAGAAAAGGGAACAGCAGCUAAGGUUGGUCCACUGGCUACACCUUUGCCAGUCAGACUCACUUCUAGAAUUUAGCCAUUCUCUUUU